AAGGCUGCGCCGCUAGCACACUGUGAUUCAACUGGAGAAAGGAUAAAGUGUCCAAACACAGAGAAAAACUCCUGCUGAAGCGACUGAACUCCACACUGUUAUAAAGAUGGCGUUUAUUAAAGAGGAGAGUGAAGAUGUGAAGAUUGAAGAAACAUUCAGAGUCAAACAGGAAGAUCGGCAGGAACAAACAGACCUAACUGAAGAGAAUGAGGGGAGUAAAGAGGAGGAACAUCAUGUCAAAAUUGAGGAAAAAACCCAUUUUCAGACUGAUGGUAUUUUGAAAAGGAAAGGCAAGAAUCGUUUCACCUGCACUCAGUGUGGAAAGAGUUUUGUGAGACAAAGCAGUCUUAAAAUUCACAUGAGGAUCCACACUGGAGAAAAACCAUUCACAUGCACUCAGUGUGGAAUGAGUUUCAUCCAAUCAUCACACCUUAAUAAUCACAUGAAAAUCCACACUGGAGAGAAACCAUUCACAUGCACUCAGUGUGCGAAGAGUUUCAGUUUAUCGUCAUCCCUUAAUCUACACAUGAGGAUCCACACUGGAGAGAAACCUUUCACAUGCACUCAGUGUGGGAAGAGUUUCAGCCAAUCAGCACACCUUAAUGAACACAUGAUGAGCCACACUGGAAAUAAACCAUUCACAUGCACUCAGUGUGGGAAGAGUUUCAGCUGCUCAUCAAACCUUUCUCAGCACAUGAGGAUCCACACUGGAGAGAAGCCAUUCACAUGCACUCAGUGUGGGAAGAGUUUCAGCUACUCAUCAUACCUUAAUCUACACAUGAGGAUCCACACUGGAGAGAAACCAUUCACAUGCACUCAGUGUGGGAAGAGUUUUAACUGCUCAUCAAACCUUUAUCAACACAUGAGAAUCCACACUGGAGAGAAACCAUUCACAUGCACUCAGUGUGGGAACAGUUUUAACUGCUCAUCAAACCUUUAUCAACACAUGAGGAUCCACACUGGAGAGAAACCAUUCACUUGCACUCAGUGUGGGAAGAGUUUCAGCCAAUCAUCAUCCCUUAAUAUACACAUGAGGAUCCACACUGGAAAGAAACCAUUCACUUGCACUUAAGCCACAGUCACACUGGACUUUUCUCUCCAUAGACUUCCAUUCAUACUGUUAGACUUUUCCUAGUCCUCCCAUGUUAAAUGAGUCAGAGGCUUUAAAUAAGUUUUAUCAAUUGAAUUAAUUAGAUGAAUAAAGCAUUACAGAGCUCCGGGUGUCAGAGAACAGCAACACAGGGUGUCUGUGUCAGCUGGGCACACACACCCAUACCCUUGUCCCCCCUAUAUUUAUCGUUGUCUCUCUUUCAGUAAGAAAGAUCCUCCAUCCAGAUCAGUUCAAUCAUCAGUUGUUAGGCAGAACAGGAAAUCUGCACAGAAAAAGUUACACAUACACAUAACAGAGCCUGAAAGAGAGUGAGCCUUCGCCCCUCCCGUCUGUUAUGGUUCCUGUAAAUGAGCACACUCUGAAAGUGAAAUUGUAACAUUUUGUUGAUAAUAAGUACAGAGGAGUUAACUUCUCGGUUAUCAGUCACACAAAGACACAGCUGUUAUGGAGCAAGGUUAGAUGAGGUUAAGCACAUGAGGUUAUAUGAGGAUAAACACAUCAGCAUAAGCUCAUGUAAUUAGUUAAAAACAGAAUUAAACUGUUAAUGCAAGGAUUAGUCUAUUAAUGUAUAGGAUGAAGUUAAAAUAAUCAAAAAAUCCUUCAAUACGCACGCGAAUGCGUCAGACCAGAAACGCAAGUUCGUGUGUCAAGUUUCGCAGUUCGCCUUGCAAAGUUUAAGCUUGGUAAACUCUGACCUGCGAAAUCGCAUCACUUGACUGUGUGAGACCAAUCGAAUAUCAAAACAUGACCUCUCUUGACUGAAAUGUAAAAUAUGGACCAAUCGCUCACUUUUUUAAUGUCUAAUCAUCUUGUUUAAUCCCGCCCCUUUUCGCAGCGCUGUACAACAGAAUUUCGCAUGCUCAAACUCUAGUGUGACCGCAGCUUUGGUGUGGGAUGAGUUUCAGCAACUUCUCAGACCUUAAUAAACACAUGAAGACCCACACUGGAGAGAAACCAUUCACAUGCACUCAGUGUGGGAAGAGUUUCAACCGAUCAGCAAACCUUAAUGAACACAUGAAGGUCCACACUAGUGUGAAAGAGUUUAUGUGCUUGAGUGUGAGAAGACUUAUUACAGCUCCAAAAUUGAAACUGCACCAGACGAUUCACACUGGAGAAACCGUACAAGUGUUGUCACACUGUGACAAGAGGUUUAAUCAGUUAACACAUCUGAAAACACAAAAGAAGAUUCACACUGGAGCGAUCUGAUCAGUGUCUACAGAGUUUCACUCAUUCGGCACAGUUUAAUAAACACGUGGACAAAAAGUUGCACACACGACAUGAAUGCAGCAAAACAUUUUCUCAUGUGCACAGGAUGUUUCAUGUCUGAAUAAUGUUUGAAAAGGCUGAGUGACGGCAUUCUGUUUUUCAACACACCUACACUGCA